UUACUAAACCCUAGUUUUACGAUCACCAGCAGAAAUCGCAAAAAUGAGGUACAUCUCCAUGUAAUUAUCAUUUGGUAUCUUCUCUUUCCAUUUCAUGGCCUGGAAAAACUUAGGGCAAGAUGAUAAAUAGUUAGCAAAUUCUUUAACUCGUUAUUCCCAUUGAAUAUUAGGGCAAAAUGAUCACAGAGAUGGCAGAUUCACUCUAAUUCCUGGUGCAACAUGACGGAGAACUUGUGCCAAAUCCGUCCAUGGCUGAUAGAAGACUUUACGUCUUCAACUUUCAAGGGAAACGAUCAAAAUGGUGAGCAUAAUUCAUUGAUGACUGAACGGCAAAAUCUUUUGAGUUCGUCUACAGUUGAUAAAAAAACCACUUUCAAUAGUUAUGGAAAAAUGAUAAAAAACUGUUUCCAAUAGGGAGGUUCCAUUUAAAAUUGUUAGGGUGAAAUGAUAAAAAACUGCCUUCAAACUCAUACACACCGGGAAAAAUAUUCCCAUUGUUUGAAAUCAUUUAUAAAAACAUAUAGCUCUCAUGUAACUGUUCCAGAAACUGCUAACCCUGUGAAGAAAGUAUGCCAAAUCCUCAUGGCUUCUCCCAAAGUUGGCUUGGAACAUACCCUAGAUGAAAGUGGAGUUAGGGUUUCGCCAGAUUUAGUCGAGGAUAUUUUAAAGAGAUUCGAGAAUGCGGGGAUGCAGGCUUACCGGUUCUUUCAGUGGGUCGAUAAGCAAAUAAACUAUUCUCACAGUGUUAAGUCCUACCAUAUAAUGAUUGGUUCUUUAGCAAAGAUAAGGCAAUACCAGCUCAUGUGGGAUUUGGUGAAUGAUAUGAGGAGAAAAGAUAUACUGAAUAACGAGACAUUUUGCAUUAUGAUCAGAAAAUAUGCAAGGGCACAUAAGGUAGAUGAAGCGGUUUACACCUUCAAUGUCAUGGAUAAAUUUGGGCUGACCCCAAAUUUAACGGCAUUUAACAGCCUACUGAGUGCCUUUUGUAAAGCGAAGAAUGUGAGGAAAGCCCAAGAGAUUUUCGAUGACAUGAAGGAUAGGUUUGAGCCCAAUUCCAUAACCUACAGUAUACUUCUUGAGGGUUGGGGGAAAGAACCCAAUUUGCCAAAAGCCAGAGAAAUAUUCCUGGAAAUGAUUGAUAAAAAUUGUGAGCCUGAUAUUGUGACUUAUGGGAUCAUGAUUGAUUCACUAUGUAAGGCUGGUAGGGUCGAGGAGGCCACGGGUUAUAUGAAGGAAAUGAGAAGUAGGGGUUGUAUUCCUACUUCUUAUAUUUACAGUAUUUUGAUUCAUACUUAUGGUGUUGAAAGGAGCAUAGGUGAUGCUGUGGAUUCAUUCUUGGAGAUGGAGAAAGAUGGUAUCAAAGCCGACGUGGCAGCCUAUAAUGCUUUAAUUAGUGCCUUUUGUAGAGCCAAGAAAUUCAAGAAUGUUUAUAGAGUUUUGGAGGAAAUGGAUAAGAAAAGUGUUGCUCCUAAUUCUAGGACCUGUAAUAUAAUUUUGAAUGGAUUAAUAGGUAGUGGAGAAACUGAUGAGGCAUUCAGGAUUUUUAAAAGUAUGAUCAAGCAUUGUGAACCUGAUUCAGACACAUAUACCAUGAUGAUCAAGAUGUUUUGUGAGAUUGAUAAGUUGGAGAAGGCUAUGAAGGUUUGGAAAUACAUGGGAUUGAAGCAGUUUGUGCCCAGUAUGCAUACCUUUUCUGUACUCAUAAAUGGGUUGUGUCGAAAGGGUGAAUUGAACAAGGCUUGUAUACUCUUGGAAGAUAUGAUUGAAAAGGGGAUCAGGCCUCCCGACUUGACUUUUAGGAGGGUGAGGCAGCUGCUUUUAAAGGAAGGACGAAAAGACGUUCUUGAGUUUCUUGUGGAAAAAAUGAAUGUAUUGAUCAAGGAACCUUUAAAUGACUGAAAGGCAUCAUACUAUCGUCCAAAAUGAGCAUUAUUUUAGUGGUGUAUUCCUGUGUUAGUUUGCUAUGAUCAUGGUUUGCAAACAAUUUAUGGCCUCCAUUUGAUGAUGUUGAAACUUUUAGAUGCUUGCUCCACCUAUGUAUGAAAGAUCUAUUUCUAUGGAAUGCAUUGAGUCGCUGACCUCGUUGACAUGGAAUUUUUGGACUACCAUGAUGCUGGAAUUAGACAUUGAUCAGUAUCUACUGCAGAGUAAUUUAUAACCAAGAUGCAGGUUAGUACUUUCGGUCCUGAUAAGGGAUGUACAUCUAUCUGCGUGGGUGUUUGUUUCCUUCUCAGUGGCAUGUCCAUCUCCUAUGUUCUUAGAAAAUCUUAUACGUCCACUGCAAAUAUUCUUCUUGCAUGGUUUUAAAAAGAGGUGCUUAUGUAUGCGACAUGUUGCUCUCAGUCUGCAUUCAUUUUGUGCUUAUUCUUUUCUUUGUGGUUAUUUAUUUGGCACCUAUGGUGACUGAUUGAUUUUUUUUUUUUGGAAUAACUUAUGACUGACUGAUUGAAUAUUGUGGUGUAAAUAUCCAAUUUCUAUUGUUCUAUUCAUGUUGCAAUAUCAAAUGUCCCUUUUUUGAAAUCUUUGGAAGUUAUUUGGGUACAUGAGGGAGCUGAUUUAAAUUACUUUAAUGAUGAAGGUAGAUUGGAUAUGUGGCAUGUUCAAGCUCUUAAAUUCAUUUCAUGUUUCUUCAUGUUCAACUUAGGAUCUGCUUGCAAAGCAUUUCAUUUACCUUCUUCCUUCUAGCAGUAAAAACUGCCUACUUCUUUGCUACUAGAGUUGAAGCAAAACUAUACCAAAGUACCAAGGGUGAACAACAUCCCCCCUCUUCUAUUUGUGAAUUAGGGGAUGGAGAAUCACGAAAUGAGUCACACUAGUCCAUGAUCAAAAGCUGCCCCUCACACCCAAACCAAUUCACUUACCAUGGAGAAGGGAAUCACCCAUUGUCGCCCACAUAUAAGCACUCAACUAGGCUGCCAUUUCUUCAUUCUUUGUGCCAGCAUUUUCUUAGUGAAUCAGAUAGAGGACUUCCCUUCUAACCUACAAAAAGGGGAAGAAGUUCAAAGAUUCUCAGAAGUAGGAAAGUAUACCAUGCAUACAACACUUGGGAUAAAUUGCAUGGAGAGGAAAGAGAAACUGACAAAUGCUUCCCUGGGUUGAGAGAAAGAAGAGCAAAAAAUAUUUGAACCCAGAUCAAACGAAUAACUCAAUGCCGUUCCUGUUGAUAGGGAUUCAGAAAUUCCUUUUCAUUGACAAAGAAAGAGGCUACUUCUCUUAAAAUCCCCCCACCCAUGGAAGAACAAAAGAAAGAACCCAUGGAGACUAAAGGAUUGUCAUAAGUAAUCCCCGCUGAGAAACCAAAGAAGCAUCCAAGACUCACCUUUAUUGUUUUUUGCCUCCCGAAAGGAUCCACUUUCUUCACUUUGUGAAUGCCUUCUUAGAGAUGGGUUGUCGACAAAUCCAAGUGGCGCAACUAGGAAUGAAUACCCACGGAGUAUGUGCUUAUCAUUGAAAUAAAAUCACGAUACUGAUAAUUGUGUUGCUUUUGGCAUACAAAUUGAUUGGUAUGUAAAUCAAUUGAAAAUUUCUUUUGAUGAAGGGGUGGCAACGGGUCAAGUCGAAAACAUUUAUGGGACCCGGACCCAAAGUUAUCAGACCUUGACCUGACCGGAACUGGAACCGAUUGGA